GAAUUAAGAAAGUCGACCUUGUCUUCUGAUAGUUUACGAAAAAAAAAUAAGUAAAGUUUACUUCGUUUUAGGCAUAAUUAAUGUCAAGUUGGCGAUGCUUUCCCUUUUUUAAAUGGAUCAAGUCAGGAUUCUUUUGCUGCUUGUGUUUGCAGUUGUUACAGGAAACCAAUUGCCUUUAGGGGAUCAAAGUUUGGUAGACUAUAUCGCAGAAACUCUUGACGUCAAAUUUGACGUCAUUAGCAACUUCGUUGAUGAACGUAGAACGUUUACAUCAAAAUUAACACUAAAGAACACUGGGAGUCAACCAAUUACUCCUGAAAAAUGGGAAAUUUACUUUUUUGCAAUUCGCCUCGUGCAACCAAAUGAAUUUCCAUAUGAUGACGGUUUACAGCUGAAUGACUGCAAAAUGAAAUUAUUCCAUGUUGCCGGUAGUUUAUACAAGUUAUGUCCAAUGCGAGACUUUUUGCUGAGUAAGAAAGAUAGUACAUACUGUGAGUUGGAUAUGAAGUACUGGCAAUCUGCAACAACAGAUACAAUGCCUAACUGGUACGUUGUGUCUGAGGGGAUGAAACCAAGGGACAUCAUUUCCACUCAAGGCGAGGGAUUGUCUUUUGUAGGACCAUUUAACAAACCUGAACAAUAUAAACGUUACACAGACGACGACUGGCAGCCAUUUAGUCCCGAGGUAAGAUAUGAUCUGAAUGCGGCCAUGACUAUACAUGAUAAAUCUCCGAAGCCGCUCAUACCUACUCCUGUAGAAAUUGAAAUAAAGAGUGGAAAUGUGACCAUUGAUUCAGCUUGGAUUGUCUUGAAUUCUUCAAAGUUCUACCAUGAAACAGUUCGUAUUGCAGGUUUAUUUAACAUAAGCAUCCAAGCUGACAAACCAAAAAUAAAGUAUAUAGAAAUAGUCAAGUCACAUGGUCUAGAUCUUUUGAGCCAAUCUGAAACACAGAAUGAGGCAUAUUCAAUAGAAAUAACUUCAGAAACCAUACACAUUUCUGCAACAACACGCAUUGGAGCGUUUUAUGCCUACCAGACCUUAAAAAGCUUAGCAACAGGUGGAAAAUUACUGCCAUUGGGUACCAUAAAAGACCAGCCGAGGUUUGCAUACAGGGGUAUGCAUUUGGAUGUAGGACGGAAUUUUCAUACAAAGGCAACAGUUUUGAAGAUUCUGGAUACAAUGGCUAUGUACAAGUUGAACAAGUUUCACUUUCAUUUGACAGAAGACGAAGGAUGGAGGCUUGAGAUUCCUGGACUUCCGGAAUUAACAAAGGUAGGAUCUAAACGGUGUCAUGACCUAAAGGAGGAUAAAUGCCUUAUGCCCCAGUUAGGUUCCGGGUCUUCGGAAGGCGGUAUUGGUUCUGGAUUUUACACAGUUGAGGAUUACAAAGAAAUUUUGCGAUAUGCCAAUGACCGUCAUAUUCAAGUUAUUCCGGAAUUCGAUAUGCCAGGUCAUUGUCGAGCAGGAAUUAAAGCAAUGGAGGCAAAAUUCCAGAAAUAUCUGAGUUACGGAAACGAAACAGCAGCACGAGAAUAUCUAAUGACAGAUUUCUCCGAUAACACUCACUACCUCACUGUUCAGUGGUUUACAGACAAUGCAAUCAACAUAUGUAUGGAAUCAACAGAAACUUUCAUACGAUACCUUAUAGAUUCCAUAAUCAAUCUACAUAAAGAUAUACAACCGUUGGAAAUAUAUCAUUUCGGAGGUGACGAGGUAGCUGGUGCUUGGAUUGAGUCACCCGAGUGCCGAGAAUUUCUCAAAAGGAAGGGCCUUCAUAAAACGACGGAACUUAAAAAAUAUUUUGCCCAAUCCAUGGCUAAAAUGACGGACGUCAAAGGUCUUCAAGUGGCUGCUUGGGCGGAUGGUUUGAUGAUAGAAGGACAGACACCUUAUAAUAUCAGCGACUUUCCUACUAAGCAGAGCAUCAUCGCAUAUAACUGGGAUAAUCUUUGGGAGAGAGGUCACGGAGAUAAGGCAUAUAAAUUAGCCAACGCUGGCUACAAGGUUGUUUUAUCUCAUGCAACUCACCUGUAUUUUGACCAUCCACAAGAACCCGAUCCAUCGGAGAGAGGGUACUACUGGGCAACACGAUUUACUGACACUCGGAAGACCUUUGGUUACAUCCCUAGCAACAUUUCCUAUAAUGCAGAUAAAGCUCGAGAUGGACACCCCUUGACGGAGGAAGAGAUUUGUCCCAACAACAGUUGCUUUAAGUUGGAGAAACCCGAGAACAUUAUAGGCGUACAAGGUCAAAUAUGGACUGAGACAAUUCGGACUGAGCAGCAGCUACAGGAAAUGUUGUUUCCUCGAAUGCUAGCUCUUGCAGAACUAGCGUGGCAUAAAUCAACAUGGGAAGAGAUCCCAAAUAAACAGGAGCGGAUCCAAAGAACAAACGAAGAGUGGACAUCAUUUGCAAGUGCUUUGGUUGAGAAAGAACUGUCAAGGUUGGAAAACAAUGGGAUUAAAUACAGAAUUCCUGUUCCUGGAGCAAGAUUAGACGGAAAUAAAUUACUGCUUAAUACAGCCCUUCCAGGACUAAAGUUUCAAUAUAGUGAUGAUAAUGUAAUAUGGAAACCUAUAAUUUCCGGCACGAAGAUUGACGGGGCAACAACCCGAAUAUACUUGAGAACAAGGUCUGUGGAUGGCAGCCGGUACAGUCGAACGAUAACCAUGAAUAUAGCCAUGUCAAAAUCAGACUCAAGCAAGCUACACACCACAACUAUCUUUAUUACUUUAUUUGCGUUCAUGGGUGUGAGACUGUGGUAUCAGGCCUGUCAUAGCCUAAAAUAAUAACUUUGACGAUCUUGAUUUCAGCAUACACAUGAUCCUUCAUUUUUAUGAGAAUAACCAGGAUUACUGUUCUUGGAAAUUGAAAUGAUUUUCAAUGAUCCUUUUUUGUCUAUAUUUAUGCAAUUAUACAAGAAGCCAAUCUCGCACUUUUGCUUUAUACUAACAAUAAGGGCAAUAAUGGGAAAAAUAAUGUAUGUUAGUAGGGAAUGUUUGCAAUGUAUUAAGUUGAAAAAAAAGUUUAAUUAUAUUAUUGUUCAUUAUCAUGAGGAGGAGGAGGAGCAUUAUUUGAAUAAUUCUGAAUGCGUGCAUUUGAAUAUGAAUAAUCAUGAAUAAUCACAACCCUGUUUUUGAUUUAUAAAGAUUUUUACAUUACAUAAGCCGAUAUUAAAUGUAAAUUACUUACUGAAACAAUCCGUAUCCAUUGGAACUAUAAUAUAAACUUGAAUUUUUCAAGUCUUUAAUAAACUUUUUCUUGUCAAGUGGUUUUUGAGAAGUCAAAGGGUUCUUGAGAUUUUUAAAAAAAUUUUUUUUUUACCUUUUCUUCGUUAUCCAUUUUAGAGGGGGUGUCCUGUCAUCAGAAAUAUUAGUUCCAUUCCUUUAAGGUAAUCCUGGGAGGGUUUGUCAUAGGAAAAAAAACAAUAACAAUGGACUAAAAUUUAGGAGAAGACUACUGAAAGAAUUUAACAGAAUAUAAGUAUUAGCCAUGGUCAUAGCAUUUAGCAAAUCAAAAUUCAGUUGAAAGAAUUAUGUGUUUCAGUGUAGUCU